CUUCCCGUCACCAGUGUUUCUUGGCAUUGGACAGAUGGCAGCCACUAUACUUAUCUUGUAUGUGUCAAAGUUAAAUAAGAUUGUUCACUUCCCUGAUUUUGACAAAAGUAUACCCAUGAAGUUGUUUCCUCUGCCUCUGAUUUAUGUUGGAAACCACAUAAGUGGAUUAUCAAGUACCAGCAAACUCAGUUUGCCGAUGUUUACAGUGCUCAGGAAGUUUACCAUUCCACUCACUUUACUGCUGGAAAUCAUCAUACUUGGGAAACGGUACCCACUGAGUAUUGUAGUCAGCGUAUUUGCCAUCAUUCUUGGGGCUUUCAUAGCAGCUGGGUCUGAUCUGUCUUUUAACCUGGAGGGCUACACCUUUGUCUUGCUAAAUGACAUCUUCACAGCAGCAAAUGGAGUUUACACAAAGCAGAAAAUUGAUCCAAAGGAGCUGGGAAAAUAUGGUGUCCUUUUCUAUAACGCUUGUUUCAUGGUGGUUCCAACAGUUAUUUUUAGCUUUUCUACUGGAGAUUUUCAGCAGGCAACACAUUUCCAGCACUGGACAAAUUUUUUAUUUGUUUUUCAGUUUCUUCUUUCUUGCUUCUUGGGGUUUCUGUUGAUGUAUUCUACUGUCCUAUGCAGUCAUUACAAUUCUGCGCUGACGACAACGGUUGUUGGUGCCAUCAAGAAUAUAUCCAUUGCUUACAUUGGAAUGUUGAUCGGUGGGGAUUACAUAUUCUCUGUCUUGAACUUCAUAGGGCUAAAUAUUUGUAUGGCAGGAGGACUAAGAUACUCAUUUUUAACCUUAAGAGGAAACAGCAAAUCUACACAAGCCAGGGAUGAAGAGAAUGCACUUCCUCAGUCAAAGAGUUAG